CUGGGGUGUGGGGAGAAAUUUGGAGGUCUCUGAAAAAUAACGACUACACAGUAGGGAUUUUGCUGAAGUUUGUUGUUUGAUCUUAGCCUCUAAAUAUAAAUUACCCAGCUCUUUGCUAGGAGCUAGUGUUAUAUAGCAAGCAACUCUGUCACUUUGUGUUAACGCUCCUGCCGCACAGAUGCACACCUCGCAGUACUCUCAUCGCAACCUUCUUCAUCUAUCCAUAGCUCUGCCGGCACUCCCCUCUUCUAUUGCUGCACAUACACACCAAGAACCAUACGCUCUAACGCGCACAAAUUAACCACGGCAUGCAUCCCAUGAUGGAGCAUGCCAUGGUGAGCGUUGCGACGGGGGUGCUGAGACCCCUCCUCGGCAAGCUCGCAGCCUUGGUGGAGAAGGAGUACGCCCAGCUCAAGAGCGUGCGCAAAGAGAUCAUCUCCCUGCAGGAGGAGCUGAGGAGCAUGAACGCUGUGCUCCAGAAGCUCGCCGUCGAGGACGACCCCGACGUCCUUAAGAAGGAAUGGCAGAACCAGAUCAGGGACCUCUUCUACGACGUCGAGGACUGCGUCGACGAUUUCCUGCACCGCGUCGAGCACGACGACGGCAACAAGCGCCCCGACGUGGGCUUCUUCCACAAGAACUUCUCCAAACUCAAGACGCUAGGGGCUCGCCACGGCAUCGCCGACAAGAUCCGGCAGCUGAAGGUUCGCGUCGACGACGUGAGCAAGAGGCGCAGCAGGUACAUCUACGAAGGAGCCAGCUACUCGGCUGGCACUGCGUCCGCCGCGGUGGCCAUCGACCCUCGGCUGCCCGCUCUCAGUAGGAUGGAGGGGAACCUUGUCGGCAUCGAUGGACCAAGGGAGGAAAUCACUAAACUGCUCGCUGACGAAGGAGAGAUCGGGAAGAAGCUCAAGGUGGUCUCAAUUGUGGGGUUUGGGGGGCUCGGCAAAACUACUCUCGCCUGCGAGGUGCGCCGAGAGCUGAGAGGGCAGUUUGACUGCCAGGUGACCGUGCAGGUGUCCCAAAGCCCUGAUAUCAUCAAGAUUCUUACCAUGAUUCUAUCAGAAGUGAAGGGGCCAUCACAACAUCGCAUCUGCAACGUCAGCGAACUAAUCGAAGAACUUAAGAGCUAUCUGCUUCACAAGAGGUACUUCAUUAUAAUCGAUGAUAUAUGGGAUCCACUUGUAUGGGAGUUUAUUAGCUGUGCAUUUCCGGACAACAAUCAAGGCAGUAGAGUUAUAACAACUACACGAGAUUGGAGUGUAGCGGCUACAUGUUGCAACUAUCGCCAUGAAUACGUCUAUAAGAUGAAACCUCUGGAUGAAGAAGCUUCGAGAAGACUAUUUUUUCAUAGAAUAUUUGACUCCGAAGGCGCAUGCCCUGGUGAACUGAAAGAAGUUUCGUCUCAAAUUCUAAGGAAAUGUGGUGGCAUGCCACUUGCCAUUAUUGUUAUCUCUAGCCUUUUAGCUAGCCAAGCAAACAAAGUGAAGGAAGAUUGGGAGUAUGUGCAGAAUUCCAUAGGUUCAAAUGUCGGCACAGAUCGGUUGGAGGUGAUGAGACAAAUUCUAAACCUCAGCUACAAAAACCUUCCUCCUCAUCUCAAGACAUGCUUUCUGUAUCUUGGCGCAUAUCCAGAAGAUUCUGUGGUCUGGAGGGAUGAUCUGGUCAGGCAAUGGGUAGCUGAAGGUUUUCUGGAGGCCAUCGGCGUCGCAGGCAGCUGCUUCAAGGAGCUGGUAAACAGAAGCAUGAUUCAACCAGUAACGAUUGACUAUAAUGGCGACAUUCUGUCCUGCAGAGUGCACGACAUGAUGCUUGAUCUUAUCAUCCGUAAGUACUCUGCAGAGGAGAAUUUCCUCACCGUGGUAGAAAAUAAUUCGCAGGGGAUCAGGAUCAGGGGAUCCACCCACAACAUCCGCCGGCUGUUCCACCACUCCGAUGCUGGAAGGCCUCGGACGUUGCCAAUGCCAGCGGUGGGCAUUGAUCCGUCAAAAGUUCGAACUUUUUCAACCUGGGGGGGCUCCAGCCCGGGCCAUGUCCCACCAGUGUCCAAGUUCAAGUUUAUCCGGGUGCUGAUCCUCGAGUUUAUUCCUUCCACUCCGGGCGAGGAAGAAGAUCAGGCAAUCGACCUCACGGCGAUGUGCAAGCUGUUUCAACUGCGGUAUAUAAAGAUCCGGAGCGAAGUUAGGCUUGAGCUCCCAACUCAAAUUCGAGCGCUGCAACAUUUGGAGACACUUGAAGUAUCUGGUGCCAGGCCGGUCUUCCAAUCAGGCAUUGACUUGCCCUCGGACGUUGCUCAGCUUCCCUGCUUGUCUGUCCUCAGCAUCCUGCCGCACAUGACUAGCCUGCCACACGGCAUCGGGGCCAUGAAGUGCCUACGCUCCCUAGCAUCCUUUGUUCUGGAGGAGAACUCGCUGGACACCAUCACCGGGCUCCGGCAUCUCAGCAACCUGAAAGACCUGUACGUUCGUCUCCCAUUAGACUCGUGCUUCGCUGAAGCGGAGGAGGCGCGCGUCGACGUCCUGUGCUCCUCGCUCCCGGAGCACGGCGACUGCAGGCUCUAUCUCACGGCCUGGUCCCGCUGGGCGUGGUUCCCCGGGGUUCCCCAGUGGAUUGGCUGCCUGCAGAAGCUGUACAGCUUGGAGCUCGGCGUCGGGGAGCUGUCCAGGGACGGCGUCGCCGUCCUCGCUGGGCUGCCCGCCCUUGUCCGCCUCGACCUGUCGAUCCGGGGCGCCCCCAGAGAGAGCACCGUCAUCACCGCCGCAGGGUUCCCCGCCCUGAAGCACCUCAUAGUCACCUGCAGGGCGCUGUGCCUCACCUUCGAGGCGGGGGCGAUGCCCAGCCUCCAGAAGCUCAAGCUGGAAUUCAACGCCGACGGAGCGACGGCGGAGCAGGGAGGGUGGUGCGGCAACGCUCUCGCCGGCGUCGAGCACUUGUCGGGACUCGAGGAGGUCAAUGCUUCUAUUGGGGGCUUGGGCGCGCCGGCGGCCACCGAGGAUUCCGGCAGAACUGCCGCGGUGUCCGCCCUGAGGGACGCCAUCGGCUUGCACCCGAACCGCCCUCGCGUCGACAUCAUGUGCACUCAGGGGAGAUACGGCCUUCAGUGACCACAGACUUCUCUCUCAAGCUGUUCAACAUUAGCUCUGCCGCAAGGGAUCACAGCUGCCGAGGGCAAAACCAAUGCUGCGUUGGAGCGGGACGCUGGUUGCCAUUCGCAGAGCUUUCUUGCUCGCUUUCUUUUAAUUUACAUAUAUUGUUUCGGUCAAAUGGAUUACUCCUGUGCUUGAUCGAAAGUACUGCAAAUGUUGUUUUUAAUUUUCAACCUCUGCCAUCCAUUGUGGUCCCUGUUUGUAAGUUCACUUUUGUAAAUCAUGCCUGGUAAUAUAUGUUAGCUUUCAGCUAUCUGUCAA